GGGUAAUUAUGCUGAUUAUAAUUGCAAAUAGCAGUUGCAACUAUUAUUUCUUCGAUAAAUUUCAUGUAGGUAUAUAACUAUAGUCGAUCAUGGAUAGAAUCUAUAUUACAAGCGAAAAUUAGUAUUUGGCUUGCAGAUUUAUGUCUAUUUAACAUUGCCAUUUUUAAUGUUUAAUUGAUUAAUCGAAACACCACAAUAAGGAUGUUAUUGUAGAGAUAGAAGGUAGAUUUAAUUGUCUUUGUGUUUAUUACUAAAACUAGCAUAUCAAUAUGUAAAUCAGAUGCUGCGCUUAGUAAAACCACAUGUAGAAAUGCUUAGAAUCCUUAAUUAUUAACAUAAUCCAGUAACUAGCUUUUAGUUUUUGAUUAUCACAAAUAUUCAAGUGAAAGUAACACUGUAGUUUCAUAUUUGUUCAUUCAAAUAAACCGGUCAAAUUAGUUCACGGGGCGAAUAGAGAUGGCUCCACAAGUCACGUCAAACUCGAAAGUAAGUUCACAGUGGUUUUUAUUGUCAGAAAGUAAUUCUAGUUUGUUUGAUCAGGGGAGUUUAAUUCAUAGAUAAAUGGACAUAAAGUGUAGUUUUUCUAACAUAAUAUCUAUCAAAUAACUUGGUUUCGUUUAAAAAGAUGGAAAAUGAACAUUACAUUUCGAAGCAACAUUAUGAAAUGCAGAUGGAUGCAUCCGGGACAAGGGGACGCUUUCGUUGCUGUUUUUAUGGCCUAUCGCCGUCUUCAUCACUCUUUUCAUAAUUAGGCAAUCAGUCAACAUCUACAGGGUGCCAACAUGUCAAUUCAAAGCUCGAGCUUUGCCAAGUAUUGGUCUUUUACCAUUUAUGCAAUCUUACAUAUGUUCGGUGAAUGACAAUUGUGACCCUAUACGAAAAUAUGAAAGGAUACCUUCCUAUAAAACUGCUACAUUAACCCCUUUAUUGAGAAAAUUGCAGCCAAUUAUUACAAAUUCUACGAUUAUCGAAUCAGUAGCAGUUCUUCCAAAUGCAGCCCAAAUGUUGAAUGCAUUUUCACUUGCAUUAAAAGAUCCUGUCCUGAGAGAAAUUUUGAUCAAUGGUAUACCAAUAAAAGAAAUAUUUAUAAAUCCCGAAGAAGUAAAAAAAUCGAUUGUAGCAGAUUUUACUGAUUUCAAUGAGGAUCUAGUUAAUUUGGCGUUCAAUGGCUCUAUUAAAACUGAUCAUAUCACCGAGCUGUUAGGAGUUACAAAUGUUACACAAUUGGUUUGCGAUCCGGAGAAAAUUGAACGGUACAUUCGUCUUCCCACACGAGACGCUUAUUCGAGUAUAUCGCAGGUACUCUGCUCGCUCGAGGAGGAAACUCUGACUGAGCUGACGAAGAAAUUGGCAGCCAGUGCUGAUGUUGGGAAAAUUAUUAGAUUGGUAUUUGAGUCCAAUUUCAGCGGCAUUAUAAAACAAGUAGGCAUAGAACUUGAAGAUAUAACAACAAUAGCAGCUAAACUGCCAACUUUGAUCGAAAUUAUUCCUAGAUUCAGUGAUAUCUUCGAUGACAUGAAAAAUGUUAUUUCCAAGCCUCAAAAGUCUGCCACAAAAUCUAUCGAUACAGAAAAUUGGCUUCACGGGUCAAGUAAGAUGCUGUGUGGUCAUUCCGUAAUUGCAGAACAAGAUAAAAUUGGAGAAAUAAUCUCAAAGUUGAAGGAUAAGACUGAUUCUCAAAAAGAAAUUAAGCAACUUCCAGCAAGUUGCAGAUCUCUGUUUCGUAAUAUAACUUCUAUACCAAAUGGAAAAUUAAUUUGGUCUUACAUGAAACCUUUGAUUCGAGGAAAAAUUUUGUACACACCUAAUAAUGAAUUUACUAAAAAUCUUAUUGCAAACGCAAAUAAUACUUUUGUUGAAUUAAAUAAUGUUAAGGUAUUAGUGACUUCUAUAUAUGAUGGUUUGACCACUUUAAGUAAAUUUGCAUCAUCUGCUUCAAAUAUAGAGUCGAUUAUGGAAAUUCCAGUAGUUGCCAAAAUUUUUGGAAAUUCUACCAAUGGAAUAUCAUUCAAUGAUGUUGUUUCUUUCGUUCAAGGGGAUGGAAAGGAAUUAGGCAGAAUUUUGGGAGUGAUGACAAAUGUUUUGGACUGUGUUAGCGUUAAUAGAUAUGAAGGAGUUGAUGACGAGGAUGAAUUGGAAAAUCGAGCAGUCAAGCACAUGGCUGAUAAUGAAUUUCUUGCUGGUGUGGUAUUUUUGAAUUUAAACGACACAUCCAAGCCUUUAGAAGAAAUUAGUUACAAAAUACGAAUGGAUAUAGACAACGUACCCACAACAAGCAGACUUAGAAGUCAAUUUUGGUUUCCAGGACCCGAAUCCGAGUUUGAAUACCAAAGAUAUUACAGAGGUUUCAUACAGUUACAGGAUUCAAUUGACAAAGCAAUUAUAAAAUAUUUCACAUCAAAAUCUGAAACUGUUGAUGAAGAAAGUUCUACAAAAAGUUCUGAAGAUGCAGAAGAUGAGAAUAACCAAUUGGGUGGCACUUAUAUGCAAGAAAUGCCAUAUCCUUGUUGGAGAAAUGACCCAUUUCAAAAUGGUUUAUAUAUUUCGCAAGGACUUCAAGUUUGCUUUUUCUUUGCGUUUAUAAUGUCGGUAUCAUCAUCUGUUCGAUAUGCUGUAUGGGAAAGAGAAUCUGGAAAUGUUGAGUUAAUGAGAACCAUGGGCUUAAAAGUAUGGGCAAAUACUUUAUCCUGGUUUAUAACAACUGCCAUAGAAAUGACAAUAGUUAUAGGAAUAAUAGUAUUAAUACUCAAAAUAUGCAAUAUUCUUCCUAAUGCAAAUUGGAUUUUGCUUUUUAUUUAUUUCAUGUGCUAUGGAUUUGCGACCGUCAUGUUUUGUUAUAUGAUACAAUCAUUUUGCAAGGUAGCAAGUUUAGCAGCACUUGGGAGUAUCAUGUUUAAUUUCUUAACAUUUAUGCCGUAUAUAAUAGUGAUCGCUAUGGAUGCUGUACUUUCGAAUAAAAUGCAGAUGUUCUUACAAUUGAGCAUGUCGACAAGUUUUAGUUACGGUUGUUUGUUGAUUACAAGACUUGAAGCCCAAGGAACUGGUCUGACUUGGAACUCAAUUUGGGAGCCAAUUAUUCCAAAUGGAGCAUCAUUGUUGGCAACGGCCGCAAUGUUAAUUUUUGAUGCUCUUUUGUACUGUACCAUUGGAUUAGUUAUUGGAGCUUUCAAACCAAACAAACCUGCCUCAAACUGUGAUAGUGCGUCUGCAGACGCCAAUAAAUCUGGUGUGAAAUUGACUAAUAUUAGUAAAGUUUAUAAUAAAGGAAAAUCUGAUGAAAAAGUAGCUCUUUCUGACAUCACUAUUGAUUUGCCAGCUGGAAAAAUUACGGCGCUCUUGGGAGAAAAUGGAGCUGGAAAAACUACUUUGAUAAAAAUAUUAACGGGAACUAUUUCGAAAACCAGUGGUAAAUUAAAUAUUGGAAAAGGUGGAAAAAAUAUAGGAGUUUGUCCACAAAAUAACGUCCUAUUUGAUGUUUUAACACCGAUGGAACAUCUUGAAUUGUAUUCCAAGUUGAAAAUGGGAAACGCUGAGGUGGAAAAGGAUAUGAUUGAUAACAUGCUUUCUGCACUGGAUCUUGGACCAUUUGAAAACUAUUUCGCCAGAAACUUAUCAGAUGGAUUAAAACGCAGAUUAUGUGUAGCUAUCGCCUUUAUAGGGCACCCGAAAUUAAUUAUUCUCGAUGAACCGAGUAGUGGAGUCGAUCCGGUGGCGCGCAACGGUUUAUUAAAUUUAGUUGGUAAGUUGACCAGCCAAAAAUCUAAUGAAGUCCAAAGUACUGUCUUACUUACAACACAUCACAUGGAUGAAGCUGAUUUUAUAAGUGAUACACUUAUGAUUAUGAACAAGGGUAAGAUUUUAGCGUCAGGGACACCGAGGGAUUUGAAAAGAAAAUACUGUUAUUAUGUUCUAACAGUAAGAUUUUUCCAAAAACAUAGCGCAGAGGAAAAUCGUAAGGGAAAAUACAUGCAAGUACUUAGUCUUUUAAAAGAUGCCAUAAAUAAUGCAGAAAUAUUGGAGGAAGACCAGCAACAAGUAAAAAUCAAGUUGCCUUUAUGUGAUAACAAAGGAGAAAGCACAAACUUUCACAUGGCCUUAAAGUCUUUGGAAGAGAAAUAUUUGUCAAUGGGAAUUGAGAAGUUUUACCUAGAAGGAGGUGGAUUAAGCGACGUAGUAUCGGCUUUGUGUUAUGCGCCAACAGAAAAUGGAAUUGCUAAUGGUCACACUAAAGUAAAUUUAUCUACAGACACUUUAUACGAAAAUAAUGGAGAAUAUGUUAUAUGGGGCGUUAAGAACUCCAAAGACGACUUAAGUCAUUUACUGAACAUCAGCACGAGUCCUGAGGGUUUAUCGGCAACUUUCCUUCGUUUUAAAGCUCUGCUUACAAAACGAGCUUUUAACGUGACCAGGAAUCGCAGAACAUUGCUGGCUGUCCUGGUACUUCCUGCUCUUGUACAGGCUGUCGCCAUGGGAUUCUCUCUUAUUAAACCGCCUUUGGAGUUGGAGCAUCCUUUGAAGCUAUCAGGGGAUUUGUAUCCAGGAUUGCAAUUUAUAAGUACGAGCAAUAAAAUUAAUGGUUUUGCAAAAAAACUUGAAGAGGAUUUGUUUGCAAGAUCUCAGUUUACCAGGAAAAGUGUCGGAUACCAAAAUAUAACAUCAGAAUGCGAAUGCAACGAAGGUAAACAUGUAUGCUAUCCUCCUGUGGAAAUUUCUGGUUUUGAAUCAAAUAAUUACGAAAAUAUUAUAAAAAUUCCAAGUGCAGAACAAACAGUCCGAUGGAUUGUUGAUACGAACCAAUUGUUUAUUGAAAAAAGAUAUGGUGGUUGGUCUGUUGAAACUGAUCCAGAAUCGAAUGCAUUACCAGUUGUCUGGUAUAAUAACAAAGGAUACCAUUCGAUGCCAGGGUUACUAAAUACUUUGAACAACGUUUUGCUGAAUUUGUUUAACAGAAAUCAUAAAGAUUGGAACGCUACUAGAAUAAACACAUUUUCUCAUCCGCUUAGAUUGUCUAAGGAGCAGUUGGGGAAAUCUACUUUAUUACAUCAUGUAGCCGAUGCAGGUAUAUCACUUGUUAUUCUGGUUGGAUUCAGUUUGGUGACCGCUUCAGCAGUUUCUUAUUUAGUUCAAGAAAGAACAUCACAUGAAAAACGUUUACAAUUACUAAGUGGCGUCAGUCCAGUAUUAUAUUGGUUUACAGCUUUUAUUUGGGACUUACUGGUUUGUUUAGGAGUUAUAGCAAUUGCUGUUGCAAUAUUUCUCAUUUUUAAUAUCCCGGUAUUCACAGCCAAAGAAAAUUUAUCUGGUAUUACUUUGAUACUAUUUUUAUACUGUUAUGCUUGUCUUCCACUUAUGUACAUACUGGAAAAACUAUUUCAAAUUAAUAGUUUAGCUAACAUGAUACUGUUUUGCUGUAAUGUAUUUAUUGGAAUGAUAACUAUUUCCACAAUAUUGUUAAUGGAAGUUUUGGGAAAAACACAGGCUGUUGCUGAUGCAAAAGAAAUCCUGCAUUCAAUUUUUCUUAUUAUUCCACAAUUUGCAAUGGCUGAUGGGCUGAUUGAAAUAUCGAAGAAUUAUGUACAGGCUAUCCUGCUUCAACGAUUUUCAAUUGAUACGUACAUAUCUCCACUAUCUUGGCAAUUAAUGGGAAAUCAUUACUCAAUGUUAAUAAUUGUAGGUACUGUGCUAUUUAUUGUGAAUAUUCUUUUAGAGUAUCACUGGCUUCCUAGAAGAUUGAACACCAACAGAUCGUACGAAGAAGAACAUGAUAUUAAUGUCCAAAAGGAAAAAGUACGUGUUUGUGAAAGGACAGGGCCUUUAAGUGAAGCAGUUGCUAUUAAAGAUAUUUAUAAGAACUACGGAUUGCCUUGCAGUUCUCAAGUUGAGGCUGUUCGUGGUGUUAGUUUUGGGGUACCUCUUGGACAGUGCUUCGGUCUUCUUGGUAUCAAUGGUGCUGGUAAAUCUACAAUGUUCAAAAUGCUCAUUGGAGAACUACGACCAUCUCAAGGAGUUUUGGAAACUUAUGAAAAACACAACAGUGGAGUAAUAAGUUAUUGUCCUCAAAAUGAUGCAUUAGAUCCUCUCAUGACUCCAAAAGAGCACAUUAUAUUUUAUGCAAGGCUGAGAAGGAUACAAGAUGAGGAAUUGAUCAGUAAAAAUACAUUAAAAAAAUUCGGUCUUACUGAGUACCAAAAUGUGCAAAUCAAGUCUUUAAGUGGUGGAAAUAAAAGAAAAUUAAAUGCAGCAAUUUCUGUUGUGGGAAAUUCGAAAAUAAUAAUAAUGGAUGAACCAACAAGUGGAAUGGAUCCUAAUUCUCGGACUCAAUUAUUAGUCAAAUUAAAGAGUCUAGUUAAAACUGGUCGGAGUGUGUUGGUUACAUCCCAUAGCAUAUCAGACUGUGAAGCAAUAUGCAGCAGAGUGGCAAUUAUGGUUGCUGGAAAAUUAAUAGCAAUUGGAAAUCCACAUGAAUUAAAAACUAGAUUUUUCUCAGGCAAUGUGAUAUCCAUUCAUAUAAAUGAUUUGAGCAAAAUAAGUGAUAUCAAGACAGCAUUUUCUACAUCAAUAUCACAAGCACAAUUCUUAGGAAAUAACUAUCAUACAGUGCAUUAUUUGGUUCCAAAUGUUAAAAGUAUAAGUGAGUUAUUCUAUAUCAUGGCAGAGAUAUCUGAAAAGUAUGAUAUAGAUUACACGAUAGCACUACCUUCUUUAGAUAAUGUUUUUGUGAACUUAUGUAAAUCAGAAUCAAAACCUGAAAUCAAUGCAGAAAAGCCACUUAAUGGUUCAAUUGCACUACAAAACAUUACCAUAUCAAAUGGUAAUAGAACUGAAGAUAACAUAACUCAUCUAUAAGAAUUAUAUUAAGUUCUUUUUUAUUUAAAUUUAAGAAAACACUUUCAGUAACUAAUAACAGAAUGUAUUACUAAGUGAUAUUGUUUAUAAUGU